AUGUACCUCCACACAAUGAAUAAAAUCGUUGAUUUUGUGAAGAGAUACAAAGUAACAUUUGUUUGCAUACCAUCCUUGGUCCUUCUCCAUUACGGCUGGUACAGAUUACAGUUCAAUACUAAUUUUUAUUCAAGACAAAUUAGGAACCAUUAUGAAAUUUUGGGAAUUUCUGAAGAUGCUAGUGCUAAAGAUAUAAAAGAUGCCUUCUUAAAGCUUUCCAAACAACUGGUGUCGGGGAUAGAGCAUCAAAAGCAGGGAUCCGUCUUUGUAAGGCUUGCAGUAGCUUUUAUAAACAGCUAUUCAAAAUAUAAGCUGAAAAAACAUUUUGAUAAUGUGGAUGCAAAAAACAUUAAGCUGUAUGAAGAAAUUGUAAAAAAUGCUAAAGAUCGAAGCAAUAUAUCAAGUGAUGUUGAUACAUUCACAUCCCGUGGUUCCUAA